CUUUCUUUUAAGGUUUCUUCUCCAACCAAAAUAUGUCUCUUCCACUCUCAGUUACAGCUCCUGUUCCAACCCAAAGGCUUAAUCCUGAGAUGGCUCGCCGCAGUGCAAAUUUUCGUCCUUGCUUUUGGGGUGAUCGUUUCCUCACCUAUACUCCUGAUGAUCCGGUAACCCAUGCUCGUAAAGUGCAACAAAUUGAAGAACUGAAAGAUGAACUGAGAAACGAGCUAAAAGCUACUGCCAGGAAGUCUUCACAACUGCUGAACUUCAUAGAUUCCAUCCAACGCUUGGGAUUGGCAUACCAGUUUGAAAGGGAGAUCAAAGAAGCAUUAGAGGACAUGUAUCAAACCUAUAAUCUGGAUGAUGAUGAUAAUGAUGACCUGACCAAUGCUUCUCUUCGUUUCCGACUUCUGAGACAAGAAGGUUACCAUAUUCCACCUGAUGUAUUCAAUAAGUUCAAAGAUGGCGAAGGCAACUUCAAGGAAUCAUUGACUGGUGACUUACCAGGCUUGCUAGCUUUAUACGAAGCUACACAUUUAAUGGUGCAUGGAGAAGACAUACUAGAGGAAGCUCUGGCUUUCAGCACUGCUCACCUUCAGUCCAUGGCAACCGAUUCAACUCAUCCCCUUGCAGCACAAGUGACUCGUGCACUAAAGAGGCCUAUUCGCAAGUGCUUAACAAGGGUGGAGGCAAGACAUUACAUUUCCGUCUACCAAGAAGAUGGUCCGCAUAAUAAAACAUUACUCAAGCUCUCAAAGUUAGAUUUCAAUCUAUUGCAGUCACUCCACAGGAAAGAGCUAAGUGAGGUCACUAGGUGGUGGAAAGGUUUGAAUUUUGCCAAAAAGAUGCCUUUUGCACGGGACAGAUUAGUGGAGGGCUACUUGUGGAUAUUGGGAGUGUACUUUGAACCCCAAUAUUCCCUUGCUAGAAGGAUCUUAAUCAAAGUAUUUGCCAUGAUAUCCAUCAUAGAUGAUAUAUAUGAUGCAUAUGGUACAUUCGAAGAACUCAAACUCUUUACAGAAGCAAUUGAAAGAUGGGAUGCCAGCAGCGUAGAUCAACUGCCAGAUUAUAUGAAGCCUUGUUAUCAGGCUCUCUUGGGUGUUUAUGAAGAAAUGGAGGAAGAGAUAGCCAAGGAAGGAAACUUGUACCGUGUUCAAUAUGCAAAAGCAGCGAUAAAAAGGCAAAUCCAAGCCUACUUUGUUGAAGCCAAAUGGUUGAACCAAGAAUAUACACCAACAUUGGAUGAGUAUAUGAGUAACGCUCUAGUAAGCAGUGGCUACUCUAUGCUCAUAACCACAUCUUUUGUUGGCAUGGGAGAUAUAGCAACAAAGGAGGCCUUCGAUUGGGUUUUCAGCGACCCUAAGAUGGUUAGAGCUUCAUCUGUCAUUUGCAGGCUCAUGGAUGACAUAGUUUCCCAUGAGUUUGAGCAAAAAAGAGGGCAUGUUGCUUCAGCAGUUGAAUGCUACAUGAAGCAACAUGGGGUUUGUAAGCAAGAAGCAUAUGAUGAGUUGAACAAGCAAGUAGUGAACGGAUGGAAGGAUAUGAAUGAGGAGUGCCUCAAACCUACACAAGUGCCCAUGCCUCUUCUUACACGUGUUCUUAAUUUCAGCCGUGUGAUUGAUAUUUUGUAUAAGGACGAAGAUCAGUACACACAUGUUGGAAAAUUGAUGAAAGAUCUCAUUGCUUCGAUUCUCAUUGACCCUGUGCCAAUAUGAGCGGAGAGAUGAUUCUGUAUCGUGCUCUAUCCUAUAUGUCAUAUAAAAAUAUGAUUAAUAAUGUGGGUCAUGUAUAUUUUCCUAUAAUAUUAUAAGAUGCGUACUCAUCUUUUAAUGAAGUUUAUUGAUAUA